ACGUAAUUCCACUAAUCAUAAAAUAAAUUAUUUCACAAUUGAUUGUUACACCAGUGAGACACACAAUCACAAUUUAAGCUCAUUUAUUUAAAAAUAAUGCAAAUUUUGUCAUAUCUGAUUCAAACAUAACCUCACAAUCACAAAAUAAUUGAGGUUAUGUUGGUUCGUUGUUGUGUGUGAAAAACCGCCCAAAAGUCGUCUAAAUCGCCCCCUUACGAUGGAAACCAAGCCCCAGAAGAUGCCCAAAGUGGCCAAGGUGAAGAACAAAGCCCCCGCUGAGAUUCAAAUCACCGCUGAACAACUCCUCCGUGAGGCAAAAGAACGCGACCUUGAAAUCCUACCACCGCCCCCUAAACAAAAAAUCUCCGAUCCGGCCGAACUCGCCGAUUACCAACUCCGUCGUCGUAAACAAUUCGAAGAUAACAUACGUAAAAAUCGCACAGUUAUCUCAAAUUGGAUCAAAUAUGCCCAUUGGGAAGAAUCCCAGAAGGAAAUCCAACGUGCUCGAUCCAUAUUUGAGCGUGCCUUGGAUGUGGAUCAUCGUAAUGUUACCAUUUGGUUGAAAUACACUGAAAUGGAGAUGAGAAAUCGACAAGUGAACCAUGCGAGGAAUUUAUGGGAUAGAGCUGUUACGAUUUUACCCAGAAUCAAUCAAUUUUGGUAUAAAUACACCUACAUGGAGGAGAUGUUGGAGAAUGUGGCUGGGGCCCGAGCUGUCUUUGAACGUUGGAUGGAAUGGCAACCGGACGAACAAGCCUGGCAAACAUACAUUAACUUCGAAUUGAGAUACAAAGAAAUCGAUCGAGCGAGAGAAAUCUACGAACGUUUUGUUAUAACUCACCCCGAAGUCAAACACUGGAUUAAAUAUGCAAGAUUCGAGGAAAAUCACGGUUUUAUCAACUCGGCAAGGAUGAUUUACGAACGUGCUGUACAUUUCUACGGUGAUGAUCAUCUCGAUGAGAAAUUAUACAUUGCAUUUGCACGAUUUGAGGAAAAUCAAAAGGAACAUGACCGUGCUAGAGUCAUUUAUAAAUACGCUCUUGAUCACUUACCAAAAGAACAAGCAAAAGAAUUGUAUAAAUCAUACACUAUACAUGAGAAAAAAUACGGUGACCGAUCUGGUAUUGAAGAUGUGAUUGUCUCGAAACGUAAGUUUCAAUACGAACAAGAAAUCCUUGAAAAUCCCACCAAUUACGAUGCGUGGUUUGAUUAUUUGAGACUAGUGGAAGGGGAAGGUGAGCUUGAAACAACACGAGAGACGUAUGAAAGGGCCAUUGCCAACGUACCCCCAAGUAAAAACAAACAAUACUGGCGUAGAUAUAUCUACUUGUGGAUUAAUUACGCCCUAUUUGAGGAACUCGAGUCUGGGGAUUAUGAAAGGACACGACAAGUAUACAAAGCUUGUCUUGAUUUAAUCCCACAUAAAAUAUUCACUUUUAGUAAGAUUUGGUUACUUUUUGCACAGUUUGAAAUCAGACAGAAGAAUUUAAAUGGGGCUAGAAAAAUUCUCGGGACUGCUAUUGGGAAAUGUCCACGGGAUAAAUUAUUCCGAGGGUAUAUUGAUAUCGAGAUACAAUUACGUGAGUUUGAUCGUUGUCGUAUUCUCUAUGGUAAAUAUCUCGAGUUUGGUCCGGAAAAUUGUGUCACUUGGAUGAAAUUCGCUGAAUUGGAGACACUCCUAGGGGAUAUUGAACGUGCAAGGGCUAUUUAUGAGUUGGCAAUAGCACAGCCCCGUUUAGACAUGCCCGAAUUGCUCUGGAAGGCUUACAUUGAUUUCGAAAUUGGACAAGAAGAAUCGGAAAAUGCCCGUCAAUUAUACGAAAGAUUGUUAGAAAGGACAAGUCAUGUGAAAGUUUGGUUGUCUUAUGCUAAAUUCGAAUUGAGUUGUAAUUCAGACAUGAAUGUGAGUCUCGCAAGACGUGUGUAUGAGAGAGCUAAUGAUAGUUUGAAAAGUUUUGGUGAAAAAGAAUCAAGAGUUUUAUUAUUGGAAAAUUGGAAGGAGUUUGAAAGUUUGCAUGGAAGUGAUGAAACUAAAGAGAAAGUUGAAGGAAAAAUGCCGAGGAGAAUUAAAAAACGGAGAAAAGUUAUCGAUGAGGAUGGAUUUGAACAAGGAUGGGAAGAAAUUUUCGAUUAUAUUUUCCCUGAAGAUGAGGCAAGUAAACCCAAUUUGAAACUCUUAGCCGCGGCGAAAAGUUGGAAGAAGCAGAAGGAAACGGAACCGGAACCCUAAUUUUUUUCAAAUAAAACUGGUAAAAAUCAGUUGAUUUAUUCAAUUGUCAACAUAAACCUAACCAAAAAUUGAAUUUUGACAGUUAGAAACGUCAAAUUUUGACAUUCAGUUGCCAAAAAUUGAAUUUUGACAGUUAGAAACGUCAAAUUUUGAUAUUCAGUUUUGCCACAACUUGAGAACUUUAUCUUUUCCUCCGGAGGCGACUUUGGAGCCAUCUGUGGCCCAAUCCACUGCAUAAACCUCAUCCUCAUGUCCUGGAAGGUCAAUUUCCAAUUUUCGUUCCCUCAAAUUCCACAAUUUGAGUGUCGAAUCGGCACUUCCACUAACUAAAAGUCUCGAAUCGGCCGAAAAUGCAAUCACAUAAACAGCUUGUACAUGUCCUCGAAGAGUACAAAUAAAUUUACCAUUUUUCGCCUCCCACAAUUUAAUACUUUUAUCAAAAGAAGCCGAGGCAAAAAUCCGACCAUCAGGAUUCCAUAUCACAACUUUGCCGUCUUUACACGCCGAGGCUAGUUUAGAGCCAUUUGGGGCCCAUGCAAUGCACAAAACCCAAUUCGUGUGCCCCUUACAUGUCCGAAACGGUGUUUGAGUGUCCACAUCCCAAAAUCGGACUGUUGUAUCGCCGGAACCGCUCGCUAGUUGUCUACCAUCGGGGGAAAAACACACAGAAAUGACAGCUUCGGCAUGUCCUGGCAUUGAACUCGUACAUCUUGUCACGGGGCGCACCCGAAACACGGCCUGCUGCUGGUUUUUUCAAGCGAGUGAGUGAUUUCGGUGUCAUUGGCGUAAAAAAUGUACGAAAUGUUCGUACUUUGGAGGAGAGCAUUACAAAUUUCGGUCAAUUGGGGCACAGUACAAGACAAGGGUAAAUCGAUUAUAUCACCGGCGAUUUCACCAGAAUCUGACUUGAACCGACACAAAACGUGUCUUUGGGCAAUUUCGCCCCCCGAUUCCAUCAUUAUUGCUCACUUUUCACUGAUUUAAAAAACACAAAUAACCUCACUUUUGGCACAUGUCAAUGUGAGGUUAAGGACACCGGUUGGCACCACUGUUCACACAUUUUUACCGUAUUAAUAAUAAUAAAAA